AUUACAGAAGUUUGUGGAGCCAAGCGCGUGGGUUAUUUUGGCCCUGCUCAAUUUUAUAUUGCUUUGAAGUUGAUUGCGGCAGCGCAGUCAGGGUUCCCGGUACGGAUUGAGAGCAUUAAGAAUGAAUUGCCUCUGCCGCGGUUUAUGGCACUGAAAAAUGACAGUGAAGUACGUUACGGGACUACAGCAGAACUCCAUGGAGUUAAAUUUCAGGUUCCACAUGCAACUUUGGAAAAAAAUUCCUACAAAAGAACAGAUGAAGGGGACAAACAGGAACCCAAGUCUCCACCGAUGUCUCCAAUCUGCUCGCCUCCUGCUUCUCCAUCUACUUACCAGAGAAUACCCUUAAGUUAUGGAUAUGGUAAAUCAAGAACUGGGCUGGAGCAGCAGCAUGGAGCUCCUUAUGAAGUCAGACACUCUACUCACCAGCAAGAUGGACCAUCAUCAGGGAGUUAUGGAGCCAAACCUGCACUUACCUGUUCAACUCCUAAUCGGUCUCUUUCAGCGGAGCGGGAGCAGCAGGACAGCAGCACCCACUAUGCGGAUGACCCUUGGAGGAUAACGGAGGAGCAGCGAGACUACUAUGUCAACCAGUUCAGGUCCCUGCAGCCUGACCUGAACUCCUUUAUUUCAGGUUCCGUGGCAAAGAAUUUCUUCACAAAAUCAAAGCUGCCCAUCCCGGAGCUUUCUCACAUCUGGGAGCUGAGUGACGUGGAUUGCGACGGGGCACUGACACUCCCGGAGUUUUGUGCCGCCUUCCACCUCGUGGUUGCGAGGAAGAAUGGUUACCAGCUGCCGGAGAAGCUGCCGGAGACGCUGCUGCCAGAGUACCUUCAAGCAGCUUCUUUGAAGCCCAUGCGUGACUGUGCACUAUUUGAUUCUUAUUCUGAGUCAUUGCCAGGCGGUCAGCAGACUCGGGACUUCAGUCGGACGGAGGAGACAUCAGUUGAAGAGGUACCUGAUAACUCUGCCCUGUUACAAGAUGGAAAGAAAGAUAACAACAAACAAGCUCUUAAAGUAAGCACUGCUCUCAAAACGAUACCAAAGGAAUUUCAGCACUUGACUGUGAAAACAGCUGCUCAGGAAUCUAAUGCACUUAAACCCAGACCACGAUCCAGGUCUUACUCUAGCACAUCAAUAGAAGAUGCCAUGAAAAAGGGAGAAGAGCCCCCUACUCCACCGCCAAGGCCACAGAAAUCACAUUCCAGAGCUUCCUCUUUGGAUCUGAACAAAAUAUUUCAACAAAGCACACAAGCUGUGAGGUCUGGCUGGCUGCCCCCACCACCGCCUGCGCUGCCCCCUCGACCUUCUGUAUCUCAGACAGAGCAACCAUCUGAGGUUGAAUUACAUCCUCAGAUGAAUAGACCCCCGUCGCAGGCAGAAGAAAACAGUUCAGCAAAAAAGGAGGUUGUUCUCGUUCAGCCGCCCUCCAAACCCAGCCGCAGGAAGCUCCGGACAGAGGCACAGGGGCUGGAGACCCCCGAGCUUUCUCCCACUAUAAAUGUGGCUUCUUCCAUGCCAGCAGUCAAGUCUCACCUCCCAGUCCAAAAACAGUCUUCCAAGCAGAAAAGGGCUAUUCAGACUGCUAUACGAAAAAACAAAGAAGCCAAUGCUGUGCUCGCCAGGUUGAACAGUGAGCUCCAGCAGCAGCUGAAGGAGGUUCACAAGGAACGAAUUGCCUUGGAAACGCAGCUGGAGCAGCUACGUCCCGUCACCGUCUUGUGA